AUGGCCCUACCCAGUUGUUAUGUUGUUGUAUACUACAAAGGGGAUGGUAUUCCAUUGAAAGCUUCUUUAGAUACUAUGAUUCGUGACUUUACAAUAUCUGUUUGUGAUUAUUGGAGAAACUUGACUCCUCGGCGCAUAAGAUUUAUUAGUCGUUGUGAUAAAGCUCUCAUUAAUUGUGAUUAUUCUCUUCAAGGUCUAAUUGCUGCUACUUGUUCAAGGGAAUUGUCAAGUUUUGAUCUGUUUGUUGAGGAGGCUUGUCAUGGUGGUGCUUCUAGCUUUUCGUCUGGUAUUUCCACACAGUCGCUCAGUGACGAUGAAUCAUGCACUGGGUUCACUGAGACUUCAAAGAUUAAAUACCUGACGAAAGGUCAUGAGCAAUUGCAACCUCUUUUAUCCAAAGCUGAAGGACCACCUGCAAAGAAGAAAUUGAUUAAGCAUCUAUUCAAGGAUCAAAUACAGUCAAGUCCGUCGAUAAAGCCUAAUGAUAUGGUUGCUCAGGUGAAUAGUUGUUAUGGUAUUGACAUAAAAUACCAUCAUGCUUAUAAAGGGAAGGAAGCAUUUAAGGCAGAAAUAUACGGCGAUGAUAGGCUUUUCAUAUGUUUUGCUGCCUGUAUGAAAGGAUACCGGUUCAUUCGCCCUAUGCUUUACUGUGAUGCAACAUUUCUCAAUGGGAGAUUCAAGGGAACAGUGAUGGCUGCCACUGGUGUGAAUGGAAACCAAGGAUUUUUUCCUUUUGCGUAUGCUUUAGUUCCAGGAGAAGACAUUGAAAGGUGGGAGUGGUUUACGGAGAACUUGCAGCAUUGUGUCGUCUCUCGUCCUAUCACCUUUAUCACUGAUCGUCAUGAAGGGCUGAAGCAAAGUAUUCCCAAGUAUUUUCCCAACUCUUAUCAUAGUUACUGUUUUCAUCAUUUGAAGAAUAACCUCCCCAUCAAGAAAUCACAUAAGAAGUAUAAAAAAGUUCAAGAUUUGUUCCAUAAAUCUGCAUACUGCUAUAGUGUUGCUAAGUAUGAGUCUGCUUUAAAUGAGAUGUGUAUCAUAGGAUGUGGUUGGGUUCCCAAGUACAUCAGAAAUAUCGAUCCCAAGCAUUGGGAAAAUGUUUUCUUCGUAGGAUGUAGGUAUGGGACACACUCGUCAACUAUUGCAGAGUCUUUCAAUAACUGGAUUCUUCCUGAAAGGGAUCUGUCUCCAUCUGCUCUUGUUGAUGAGAAUAAGUUAAAGAUUAUGAGGAUGAGUGCAGAAAGGCGUGAGCUCGGUAGAAAUUAUAGUAGUUUGACUCCCAUCUAUAAAGCUCUGCUCAAGUCACAUGUCGAUAUAGGGCGUCCAUGGAGUGUUACGGAGUCAGGUAAUGGUAUAUUUGAGGUUCACUCUCCUAGAUCUCAUGUUGUUGAUCUGAUGCAUAUGACGUGCACUUGCCAGAGAUGGAAAGUGUUUGGUUUCCCCUGUACUCACGCCACUGCUGCUAUUACUAUGAGUGGUAUUGAGAUGUUGAGGUUUGUUCAGCCUUACUUUGGUUCGAAUCAUUUUCACCAUACGUAUGCUCCUGCAAGUCGACCCAUUCCCAAUUACGACAUGCCAGAAGCGUAUGAACCUGAAGAGAGAGUCCUACCUGGUAUUCCAAGGCCACCUCCAGGAAAACCACCAAAGAAGCGCAUUCGUGGUGCUUAUGAGAAGGAGAGGAGGCCUAUGAAGUGCUCAAACUGCAAGAAGAUUGGGAACCACAACAAAGCUACCUGUCGUGUAUUAAUGUUGGAGUAG